AUGUUCAUCAACCCUCUAAAGACACCGAGACUUAUCCUUGGCUUCUUGACUCUGCUCAGCUUGUCUCAGGCCCAGACCGCCCACGACUGUCCUCUCUGGGGUCCUAUUUAUCCUUCUCCGACCAAUGUGCUCAAGUCGCCCAUUGUCACAAAGGCCAUCGACAACUUGACACAAAGCCUCGAUGCAGCCUUGAGCACCGGGACUCUAGGCGCCGCCAAUGCCUCCUUCCACCUCGAAGUUUUCUCCACGGAUCAACUUCUUCUCAACUGCAGCUAUGCCGCACCCCAGAUCAAAGACACGCUCACCGCAGGCGUUCUGAACAGGGAUACCAUCUUUCGGAUUGGAAGCGUUUCCAAGUUGGUGGCAGUUUACACCCUUUUGGCAGCCACUGGCAUGGAGUACAUCAACGAUCCCGUCACAAGAUGGGUCCCUGAACUGGCCGCUGCUCCUGUGCCUGAUGAUAGCGCCGUUGAUGCAGCGCGAUGGCAGGAUAUCACGAUCGGCGCUCUGGCAGGACACCAAGCUGGCCUGUUGAAGGAUUUUUCAAUUGCUGACCUUGCCUUUAUCUACAACGCAUCCACUAAAGAGCAGCUCGGCCUUCCAACCCUACCACACAACGAGAUUCCAAGUUGUGGCAGUGAUGCCGAGUUGCCUGCUUGCUCGAGGCAAGAAUUCUUUGACAACAUAAAGGCUCUCCAUCCAGUGACUGCGCCGUUCAACAUGCCCAUCUACUCAAACCCGGCCUUCCAAAUCUUAGCCUACGCCUUGGAGGGCAUGACAAAUAAGACCUUUUCUGAAGUCUUUGAGUCAAGCAUUGUGCGCCCUCUUCACUUGAACGCCACGUACCUAUCAACUCCACCGAUUACCGACGACCUGAAUGCCAUCAUCCCUGGAGACGAGAUUGAAAGCGGCUGGAAGAUUGAUGUGGGAGAUGAGACUUCGAGCGCCCAGGGUAUUAUGCUAUCCACCGGGUCUGACAUGACAGCCAUCGGCCAGUCGAUUCUUUCCUCGUCUCUUCUAUCCCCAGUGGUGACACGCCGGUGGCUGAAGCCUAUAUCCAAUACCCCAGACAGCCAUUUCUCAGUCGGCAUGCCUUGGGAAAUUCGACGAAUUGAAAUACCCGCAGUUCCAGGUGCAUCUUCCAAGGCAUCAGGAACCCGCCUGAUUGAUCUCUACACAAAGAACGGCGGAAUUUUUGCUUACUAUGCCCAGAUGGCCCUCUCACCUGACCAUGGAUUUGGGUUUAUGGUCACCAUCGCUGGCAGGCCCCCGAUUAGUGGCCCGGACCGGAGGGCCCUUGAGAUGAACAUCAUCAACGAGAUGGCGACAGAUAUCAUGGUCCCAGCCUUUGAGGCUGCCGCCGCUAAGCAGGCCAUCAAGAGCUUUGCGGGUACGUACACUGCGACUGACAACUCCAUGGAAAUGACAAUUGUUGGUCUGGAUGGGCACAUGGGCCUUGGAGUACAGAACUGGACUUCGGGAGACCUUGACUUGCUUGUCACUUACUACGCAUCCCUUUCAAUGGUCGAGUCCGUGUCCAGCACAAGUCCAAGGGCAAGUCUCCGUCUCUACCCUGUUGGGCUUCAUGGAGGUGGUAAGGUGGCUUUCAGGGGUGUUUAUGGUCUAAACACCAACGAAAGCGUAUUUGGUUCAAGAGACGAGCCUUGGCUUGGUGGUUGUGGUGCCUGGGCUGGGGUUGGCGAGCCGGCAUACGGCAAUGUCGGGCUUGACGACUUUGUGUUUGAUGUUGACGAGGACGGGAGGGCUACCGCUAUAACGGCUCGGGGGGCAAGGAAGACUCUUCAGAGGCAGGCAUAG